GUUAUGUAAGCAAGCAGCGAAGGUCUACUACCCCGUGCACGUAGCAGUUCACAAUGGCCGACAUGGAGACAACGACCCCAGCGGGACAGCCUAUUGUCUCAAGAGAGAAGACGGCUCCAUUCCUCAUCCGAACUUUUGUAAAGGUUGGAUCAUUCCACAAACUGUCAUUGUUCGAGGAAAAUACUCUGCCAACCACGGAUGAACAACAAAUUUACACCUGGAAAGACGCCACCUUGCGUGAAGUACUGACGACUCUCCGAAAUGCUGCACCACAAAUACCAGAGUUUCGCCACCCUCUCGCUCGGUAUUCUUUCCGCGCUAUAUACGCAGACGCAGCAAACAGAGGACGAUUUGCACAAAAAGAGCUUGGUAUAGUCUAUUCUCGUGACAUUCUGGGCGAGCCAGGUACUGUUGACAACCCUGCGGCACGCCUACUCAACGACACGGAUGGCGAAUCCAGAGAGCAGACAGAACGGGAGAAAGAGGAGAGGACGCUCGAUGAACUUCGAUUUGUGCCAGGGGACUACCUUUGCGUCUCUAUAAUCCUUCCAAAAGCCGCUGCGGCUGCAGUAGCUGCAGCUACCCAGGCAGAGACCGCUGUCAAAGCUCCAGUUCAAAACGGCUGGAGAUCCGCACCAGCAGCACGACAGAGUGAUGCAGGAUGGGGAACAGCAGCCCCGGUUGGCCGAGGUGGGGGACAUUGGCGAGGGGACUCCAACCCUGCUCCCCCCAGUGGUCCACGAGGAAGAGGGGGAGGUGGUGGUGGAAGGGGCGGAGACUUUGCUGGAAGAGAUCGUGACUUUGACCGAAACAGAGAAUCAGACAGACGUCCGCCCCCAAGGCGUGAUUCACCACCUCAUCGAGGAGGCAGGGGCGGCAGAGGCGGGAAACGGUCGCCGUCGGGUUCACGAUCAAGGAGCCCACCGCGACGCAGAGGAUCUCGCUACGACUGAUGGCGCUUACUUGUACAUUUCAGGCUGUAGCUCUUACUCACUCACUAGCUACCAAUUCAAACUUUUUGUGUGCAAAAAGACAAAGUUCAUGUUACGGCAGAGAUGAUACGAUGACAAGAACUUGAUCAGCUUUUCAACCUUAUACGUACAUAGAAGCUUUCAAUUAUACC